GUCCAUGUCCUAUAUAUAGUGAAAAGGUGAAAAGGAAAUACAGAUCAUUAAGUUCACGAUUCUAUAUAGUAGUUGAUAUGAUUUCUUCUUUUUAUUUUUAGACUAUACAAUACCUUGGAGUAAUAUUUAUCUAAACAUUUUCUACUUUUAUAUCAUUUGAAAAAUGAUUUUCACGAUAUUACCACUAGUAUUAGUGUGUGUAUAUGCAAGAGCUGCUGAGGUUUGUUUUAGUAAAAUUGGAUGUUUCCAAAACACGACACCGUACAAUAAUUCCAUGGGGAAACUACCAAAAUCCCCCGACGAUAUUAGAACUAGUUUUACCUUACAGACGAGGAAUAACAACACAGUACAGUUAGAUGCAAGUAAUUCAUCCAGCAUUUCUAGUUCAGGCUUUAAACCAGAGCAGAAAACUAUCAUUAUCGUUCAUGGAUUCCACAGUAGGAAUACAAGUCAAUGGAUUAAACCUUUGUCGGACGCUUUUAUGACCCAGGGUGAAAUGAACAUUAUUGUAGUUGAUUGGUCCGGAGGUGCAUUUGAUCCAUAUGACCAAGCCGUCGCCAAUACACGUGUUGUUGGUGCUGUUAUAGCCGAAUUAGUUAAAGUGCUCCACAACGUUACAAAUACCGAGUUUUCGGAUGUGUAUCUAGUAGGCCAUAGUCUAGGGGCGCAUAUAUGUGGCUAUGCUGGUGAAAGGCUACCAGGUCUUGGAAGGAUUACAGGUUUAGACCCUGCAGGGCCAUUCUUUCAAUACACUGAUUCUGCUGUUAGAAUAGAUUCGACAGACGCAGAUUUCGUGGAUAUAAUCCACACAGAUGGGACCAGAUAUGGUUUGAAUGAAGCUGUUGGUGACGUUGAUUUUUAUCCAAAUGGCGGUGUGCACCAACCAGCAUGCCUCUCCGAUCAUUUAGAUCCAUCAAUAGCAUGCAGUCAUGUCAGAGCUAUUUAUUACUUUAUUGAGUCUAUAGAUUUAUCAUGUCAUUAUAAAUCAUUUCCAUGUAAAACAAAAGAUGAUUUUGAUUCCGAUAAAUGCAAUUCCUGUGGAAGUGGAUGUCAAGAAAUGGGAUAUAAGGCACAUAGGAACGUUUCGGGAACAUUUUAUCUUAAAACAAGAUGGCAUUAUCCUUACUGCUCACACUCAUAACAUGAUAAGAUUGUUCAUAAAUUAAAUUGGUGUUUGUAUUUUGCAAUGUCGAAAACAAUGUUUCAACGUAA